AUGGAUUCUUCAAGAACCCGAAUAGUAACUAGACGCUCUGAUCGAUCUUUAUUAUCUUCUUCUUCUUCCUUCUCCUCUUGCUCCUCUAGCUCCCUCGUGUUUCCAGGAGACUCUCCUUUAAACUCUCCAGCGACCACUCUUCGUCUCCACGGUGUUCCAUUCUCAUGGGAACAUCUUCCAGGAAAACCUAAAGACUACUCUCAUAGACUCAACCACCGCCGCAACAACGAGUCUUCAGUUAUACUUCCUCUCCCUCCUCACCGGAGCACCACUUUUCCGGUCUCCAGUAAAAACAACAAACCUAACAACCCCACUAAGAAGAACAGCUUCCCGGUGACGGAGAAAGAUCCCUUCGCGGCGGCUUUGUUAGAAUGUUCCAAAGAUGACGACGAAGAAGAUAAAGAAGAGUUAGAUCGUAGGUACCGUGGAUCAAGCAAGGUGUUGGUAAAGAACAGCAUAAGCGACAGGUUCGGGUUAGUGAGUCUCUACGGUUCUUGUCGGAGAACUUGUGCAGUGACAGAGUCAAUUGUUUAUCUUCCGAGACAGCGAAAGGCUGCUUCAUAUGAUCAUCUGCUUCUUCCACGCCGUCACCGUUGAUAUGUAUGUUUUAUUAAAUAUAUAUAUCUCUUGAUCUUUGUAAUACUUUCUAUAUAUAUUUUUUUGGUAAAACUUUCUAUAUAUAUUUUUCUCUGAAUGUGACAUAGUGUGUGAUAAACUUUUUUUUUUUG